UCAAGUCCUCAAUAAGGUUGGACAAGGCGAGUUUUAUCAACACAGUGCAAAUCAAUUCGCCAAUUUUUAAUCAAUUGUCUAUCGAUUCGCUAAAAAAACCAAGUCAUCAUCAUGCUGUGGGGACUAAUAAUCGAGUCAAACAAAAAGUACACGCAGACCAUCGAGCAAAGUUUUCACAUCUCGAUGGCAAGCUUGAAUCUCAGCAAAUCAUCUGCUGGUCAAAUCCAAGUGAGCGUUUUUGAUCAUGAAUCCGAGUCAAAUUACCUGUUGUGUACACUGCACAAAGAAUCACAUUGGCAGCAGCCAUUGGACUUGAAUUUUGCAGCAGGUCAGAAAAUUUCUUUCUCCUGCAAUGGCAAUGGCCAUGUCCACCUGACUGGCUACCUGAUUCCCGAGGACGAUGACGACGUAUUUGAUAAUGAAAUGGAUGAUGAAUCUGAGGAAGACGAGGAUAUUCCUGUCCUCAUGCCAAUUGAAAAGAAAAGGAAAGCCAAGCCAGAGAAUACAGAGUUGAAAAAGUCAAAAAAGUCCAAGUUGGAAAACUCUGAUGAAUCCAAUGAAAUCGAUGAAUCUGAUUCUGAUGAUGGUGAAGGUGUAAUGGGACCACUAAGUUUUAAUAACGAAUCAGAUGAAGAUGAUGAUGACGACGAUGAAGAUGGAGAAGAGGAGGACAAUGAUGAUGAAGAGGAGGAAGAUGAAGAAGAGAAAAAGAAAAAUAAAACAACCAAAAAACCUGCAAAGAACCAAGCGUUGACCAACGGAAAAGAUGUACAGCUAGAAAAGCAAACGAAACAACAAAAGAAAAACAAAGAGAAGAAAGAUGAUAACAAAGUAGAAGAAAAGUCAGAUCAACAGCAACAGAAGAAAAAAACAGUCGAAGGUGGAGUUCAAAUUGAAGAAGUUCGAGUGGGACACGGUGCCCCAGCUAAACCUGGAAAAUAUGUGGGAGUUUACUACGUAGGAAGGCUGAAGAAUGGCAAGAAAUUUGAUCAAACCACAUCUGGAGAUGGGUUUAAAUUCAAACUUGGAAAAGGCGAAGUUAUCAGAGGAUGGGAUGUUGGUAUCGUAGGAAUGAAGGUCGGUGGUAAAAGAAAAAUUGUUAUUCCGCCAGGCAUGGGAUACGGGGCCAAGGGAUCUCCUCCAGUCAUUCCACCCAAUAGCCAACUUAUAUUUGAAGUCGAACUCAAAUCUGUGAAUUAACAGGUGUGCUGUUCUGGCAUUUGUAUUAUAAAUUUCAGAAUUUUUACUUUAACUUAUAGCAAAAAUCAAUCACAAAUAUUAAAUUCUUUUACAUAACUAUUUUUUCACUUAAUGUACUUAUAGGAUAAUAUUGAAUUUCUACCAAUUUUAAAUAGUGUUUAUUAAAUAACUUUUUUUAUUCUUGUUAUAAAUAAAAUAUCAAUAAUGACAACGUCAUAGUUACUAGAGAAUAAUGUCUUGAAAUAAGUGUUUGAUAAUAAAAAUCGAUGAUGAUAA